AUGAAAGACACGGUUUCCGUAAGUGAAGAUGAAUCCAAUUUACUUGUUUUAAUAAUUGACACUAAUCCAUUUGUCUGGGCAAAAGCUGCGGCCUCUCCAGGAGGCCUUUCUUUCGACCAAGCCCUCAGUCAAAUUCUAGUGUUUAUCAAUGCACAUCUCGCAUUAAAGCAUGAUAACAGGCUUGCAGUAAUAGCAAGUCACGUGGGUGUUAGUAAAUUCCUUUAUCCAAUAACUGAAGCAAAUACUCACUUGAGCGAAGAAAUGGACUCUACAAAUGAUAGUAACAUGUAUCAAACUUUUCGUGUUGUCAACCAACAUGUGACUGCUGGUGCUAUAAACCUAUUAAAGAAUGUGGAUACUCAAAUCACAACUUUGGAUCAGUCAAACUCGAUGGAUGCUGGGGCUCUGUCGAUGGCUAUGUGUUAUAUUAAUCGUUUAUUGAGGGCCGACGAUGGUAAUCACAUUAAGCCACGAAUAUUGGUUAUUACUUUAUCUUCCGAUUCACCACUCCAAUACGUGGCAAUAAUGAAUUGUAUUUUCUCUGCUCAAAAAGCGAGCAUACCAAUAGAUGUAUGCAAAAUUUUUGGUGAUGAAACGGUCUUUUUACAACAAGCGGCACAUAUUACUAACGGAAUAUAUCUGAAAUUAGAGAAGCCAAAAGGCUUUUUGCAAUAUCUAAUGCUUACCUUUUUGCCUGAUCGGUAUUUAAGAACAACACUCUGUCUACCGGGACAAGAUCAAGUAGAUUUUCGAGCUGCUUGUUUCUGUCAUAAAAAAAUUGUUGAUAUUGGAUAUGUGUGCUCUGUGUGUCUUUCAAUUUUUUGUGAAAUUAUGCCUCAAUGUUCUACUUGCAGGACAUCUUUUGGUCAAAGUUCUUUAAUGCCCACCGGAGGACUAGGAAUCGUUAAUGGUGUUCAGCCAUAUUCCAUCACCCCCUAUACUAUAUAA